AUGAGAACGUUCCUACAAGCAUCUCUGCUAGCGCUGGUGGCAGGAAUGGGCUGGGCAGCACCUCAGCAGCAGUACACCACUCCCGUACCCAUCAUCUCCCAGAGCCAGGACGGACCAAACCCAGACGGCACGUACCAAUUCAGCUACCAGAGCGGGGACGGCACUUCGGCUCAGGAGCAAGGCUACCUCAAGAACCCUGGUACCCCCGACGAAGGCCAAGCUGCCCAAGGAGCCUUCAGCUACACUGCGCCCGAUGGCCAAGUCAUCAGCCUCCAGUACCUUUCCGACGAUGGUGGAUUCCAGCCGCAAGGCGCUCACCUCCCCACACCACCGCCAAUCCCACCAGAGAUCCUCAGGGUACUUGAAAUAAUUAAUUCUCAACCACAACAAGACUACGAUGAGAGAGGAUUCCCAAUUGGCGCUCCAAGGCAAGGAUAGAAACCCCAG